UUUCGGCGUUUAUCCCAAAACCCAAUUCUUUCCCGACUCAUUUUCCCCAUAGGAAUGUCUGAAAGAACCAGAGGUAACUAAUUUCUGUUUUUUUGGACUACAACAGUAUGAAGACAGGCUAAAACUGUUUCUCCAAUAUAAAUCCCCAAUCACGCUGGUAGGAGAUGUCAUGGCGACGUUGGCUUGCUAAAUGUAAGCGUACAAAUACGUCAUCGGGUCUAACGGUCGUCUUGUGCCAAACUGCGCAUAUGCACAGACACUCGUUUGAUUUAAAGUUGCUUUUGACGAAAAUAAAAAUGUGUCAGUUUGUCACUUUCACGAAGUUGGAGUAAUACCAUGUACAACUUCUUAUGUCAUUGGCUCGAAUCUACGUUGUGCCUUUAGCUUUCGAGAAAAUUAACAACUAAGGAAGAAUCGUUCACUUCUCUCGUUGACUUUCAAACCCCGGCCUGCUCUGUUAAGUUUAUGCAUAGUUUAUAUAUGUUUGCAUAGUGGCCGAUGUGAAGUCAAUAUCCCCUCCCUCGUAACUCCGAAAGUAAAGUACUGAAGGUUGUAAAACUUGUUGAAGUAAAAGUGAAGUGUUCACUAUUGCGUAAUAAAUUCAGGAAGAAAUGUAAUGAUUUACCCGCCUUAGUCUAUUUAGCCUAUUGUACAGUCGUUCGUUUGUUUAGUGUCAAGUCAUGCAAGUGUCAGAACGAGGAACAACCAUGGAGCAACUGAAUGAAAUGCAGCUGAAGACUGUUGAGACCCAACUGAAAGAGCUAUUUCCUCAGUCGCAGCAGUCGUUCGUUUGUUUAGUGUCAAGUCAUGCAAGUGUCAGAACGAGGAACAACCAUGGAGCAACUGAAUGAAAUGCAGCUGAAGACUGUUGAGACCCAACUGAAAGAGCUAUUUCCUCAGUCGCAGCAGUGUCAAGUCAUGCAAGUGUCAGAACGAGGAACAACCAUGGAGCAACUGAAUGAAAUGCAGCUGAAGACUGUUGAGACCCAACUGAAAGAGCUAUUUCCUCAGUCGCAGCAGGUUUAUGGUUACAUUUUCCAGAUGAACAGAGUUAUGGCUGACCCGAUUCAGGUUUUUGUGGACCACUGGCCAGAAUUCAAUGUCAUUCUCUGCAAACCACCAUAUGAGAAGGAGGGGGACCUUUUUAAAGACACAUGUGUUUUUACUAAAGAUGAAGCUUCUUUUAGGAAUAUCCUUGGAGAGAACAACAUAAUUGACUGGACAAAGUUCCUAUGUUUAGGCACCAGUCUUUGCUAUGAGGAGAUGGUGAUGGCGGUGGCUUCUGAGAGAAAGGUGCCAGUGAAUAAAGUGUCUGUGUGUCACAUGAUGAUGCUCCAGGAUCCAUCCCGCCUUCCACCUGUAGAAAGUGCAAUUGAAUCAAUGAUAUCCUCACUGGACGAAUCCCACUCUGAUAUAGUUAACAAAACCUGGAAGUUCGGGAACACGGAGAACAGUUUCCAGAUGAUCCGGAGCAUGAUCCGGCACUACCCGUCUUGCUGUGUGCUGGAUGCAGAGAGCCAGCAGCCCAUAGCCUGGGUUCUGACCUAUCCCUCCUCUGCCAUGGGUAUGUUGUACACCCUGCAGGAGCACAGAGGACAGGGCCUGGCCAAAGCCCUGGUCAGCAGCAUGUCCAGGAGACUCUAUUCUCAGGGCUUCCCAGUGUACUGCUUCGUUGAGGAGGAGAAUACACUGUCCUACAGCCUCUACACCAACCUGGGCUUUACUGAGGACCCUCAAUACAGGGCUGCAUGGUUUGACUUUAACAGUUUGUGAUUAAGGUCUUGCAUAGAGAUCAAUGUUGACAUUAAAAGCUAUGCUAUUAUCUCCAAAAAAGAAGACAGUGUGUGAAGAGAUCAAAUCAUUGCAGGAUGGACUUUGAGCAAAUAUUACACUGAACAGUUAUUAAAUGUAUCUUAUCUAUGCACACGAUUCAAAUACCUUAGAGACUGGCAACGAUUCCAUUAUUUUACAUUUAGUGACUAUCUUAUUCAGAGCAACUUACAGUAGUGAGUGCUUACAUUUUUUUUACUGGUCCCCUGUGGGAGUCUAACCCACAACCCUGUCGUUGGAAGCGCCAUGCUCUACCAACUGAGCCACACGGUACCCUGUGAUGUUUUUUUCUCCAGGCUUAUUUUCAGUGUGGUGUAAUUAGAAUGCCACAGUAAAAUAUGCUAAUUGUAUUCUGAGCUAUAACACUUCAUCCGUGUUGUUUAGAUUUCUGAUUCCAAAUGUUAAUUUAAAACCUCAAAUGAGGGAAUGUUUACAAAAACAAAACAAAAAAUAGAAAAAUAAAUAUAAUUAAACUCAACAAAAAAAGAAACGUCCCUUUUUCAGGACCCUGUCUUUCAAAGACAACAACA